AUGGACAAGUAUUGUGUGGCCGUCCAUAACAAAGGAUCACCGCUCAGUUGUGUGUUUGGCUUCAUUGGCGGAACGAAGGUCCAAACGUGUCGUAUUGCAGCGGUUGGAGACGGGUUAAAUCUGCGAAAACAGUUGUACACUGGGCACAAACGAAUCCAUUGCCUCAACUACCAAGCCGUUGCUGCCCCAGAUGGCAUUUGUAUUCACUUUUGGGGACCAACUGAGGGUCGACGCCACGACUCAGCGAUGCUCGCGCACAGUGGCCUCUUACAAGCGAUUUCAAGCCAUCCGGCAAUAUUUGCCUCAAAAUACAUCUUCGGUGACCUAGCAUAUGGAGUAACCAGGCACAUUAUCAGCGGCUACAAGGGAAACAUCAUUUCAAUCGAAAAACAAAACUUCGACAAAGCCAUGAGUAGCGUGCGACAGUCAGUCGAAUGGAAUUUCAAGAUCAUGAAAACACUGGGCGUCAUCACGUUCAAGUAUCUUGCAAACGUUCGACAAGCACCGGUGGCGAAAAUCCGCUCUGCAUCACUUGCAUUUGAUGCAUCUGGACCUCGCGGCCUUUUGGCGUUCCUAAACUUCACGUUGGCGGUCCAUUUUGCGCUCCUCAAAAUCACGUUGGCGUUCUUCAACUUCACCUUCGCGAUCUUUCUUGCGUUCCUCCAACUCACGUUCAAACAUGAACUUGCGUAG